GAUGGCAGUGAGGUGUCUAACAUCCCCGGCGGUGACCACGAAGAAAGUUUCGUAUUGUUUAAGUACAAAGAGUUAUCUGGUUUUUCAUAUGGAAAAAUUAAGUUAUUCCUCAUUCCUGAAAUUACCAGUUUUCAAAAUCGCAUUGAUCAACUGAAAAGCUGUCUUGAAGAGGCUGAAGAUGACGAAUUGUCGUCUGAAUCAGAGGAACAGGCACUAUUUCAAAACCCACUGUCUUGUGAAAUCAAUUCUGUGAAUUCUUCCAAUAAUGACCAUUACAUUACAAACCAAUCCACAGAGACAGAGACAAUAGAGAUUCCAGAUGAAGAGGCUAUGGCCCAAUCAGUGUUGGGGAAUCCUCCAGAGAAGGAUGGGGCUGCUAUUAAUAUCAAUGUCGAGUGUCCUUUGUGUCUUAAAAAAUUUCCUAUUGCAACUGUGGAACAGCAUGCUGACCAAUGUGCUUCAUUGUUUCAAAUAAUACCGAAUGGUGAUGUUCAUGACGAUAAUGAGGAUGUUCAACCUUCAACUGCACCCGCAUCUGAUGGUACAUUGAGGGAUAUGGUCCAGAAGCUUGCCCAGGUACAGUUUGACCCCGAAGAAGAACCUAUACGGAUAACUGUACGUCGUUCGAGGUUAUGGGAAGAUUUUAAAAGAGCGAGAUUAAGAUAUUAUUGCCCCCAAAAGAAGCUUAAGGUAACCUUUUCAGGUGAGCCGGCAAUAGAUGAUGGUGGACCGAAGAGGGAAUUUUUUUCAGGUAAAACACUAUAA